AAACAGACCGUUAAGGUCUGACAAGUGUUCAAACUUUUUAAAAAACUCCUGUAAUUAAAUGGCCGAAGAUGAUACCAAGUCUAUCAAAUCGACCAAGUCGACAAAGUCGACCAAGUCCACCAAGUCCAAGAAAGAUGAUAAGGCUGUCGAAGACGAGGAGGAUGAACGACUCGAGUUCAUCCUCGCUUAUUUUACAAAAUCCUACAGACUCAAGCAGGAAAAGUGGAAUAAAAUGAUCGCAAUAGACGAAAAUAAGAAACUUAUUUUAAAUUUUCUGAACAACCCUCAAGAGAAAUUUAUGAUUAUUACGAUAACAUCAGCCGGUCUCCUGACCCCUUUUAAGCAAUACAACAGCGCUAUAAGAUCCAAAUACACUUAUUUCAUCAAAAAGAAGGAGGAAGUUGUGACUAUGGAAAACUUCGCCGAUGUUAUUCUUUUUGGCGACAUGGCCGCAAAACCCAUCGACGAGUUGGCCGUUCUCUUGGACACAAUUUUGAUCCCUUUGCUUGCAAACCCCGGGAAUCAGAAAGGAUGGCCACAGGUGGUUGCAGACGACGUUGUCGCGCAUGUCCGGAAUUUUAAAAAUUCAGUCGAACAAAUUCGGGGAGCAAUGAAAAGCCAAACAAUCUUGCCAAUGCCGCAAGGCAUGUCCCGGCUUUUCGAAGCAAUAAGCCAGUUUGAAGAAACAGAAGGCACUAAUAUUGAUUUGGUCCUGAAAGCGUCUCUCGAAAGUGGUGUCACGAAAUGGUCAAACGUUUGCAGCGAGAUUCUGAAACAAUCGUCAACUAUUGCUUUCGCCGGCGGAAAUCAUCCGUCACCAAGUGCCGAAGUGGAAUUCUGGAAAGCUCGCCUCAAGAAUCUAGAAUUUAUUUACGAUCAACUGCGAGAUCCCAGAGUGAAGCAAGUUGGGAAAUAUUUGCAAAUGACCAAAAGUGCCUAUUUCUCAACUUUUAAGAACAUGUUCAAAGACAUUGUUGCUGGCGUUAUCGAAGCGAGAGACAUUUGUUUGUAUUUGAAACCAAUGGUGACUCACUUCUCGAAUUUCGAAGACGGCGAGUUGUUCGAAAACGAACACAACAUCAAGCCUUUGCUGCACUGCAUGGGCCUGAUUUGGGCCAACUCGAAGUACUACUGCGCCAACGAGAAAAUGGUGAUCCUGUUUAGGGAAAUAGCAAAUAUGUUGAUCGACGCCAGUAAUCGUAUGCUAGACCCCAGCUCAAUUUUCCAAGGCGAACCUGACGAAAUGUUCGAAAAGAUUGACAAGACUCUGCACAUCUUGGAGCUUUUUAUGGACUCGUUCGAGUUCGUUCGCGACAAUUUGGCCACUUAUUUUAAGAGAGAGGAUGAAGAAAUGCCGGCACUUUGGACGUUUCAUAAAAGGACGGUGUUUCAAAGACUGCUCGACUUUAUUGACCGUCUGAGGCUGAUUAAAGCAAUCUUGGCGACUAAUCUAGAGUUCAGCAAGUUGGAGAAGGUUGAGUUUGGGGGUAUCAAAGGCCGGUUGUUGUCCCAAAAGUGUGAACAAAUUUUUGAUGAAUUCGGUACCGCCUACAAUGUUUUUAAUUCGAUUCAGUAUGAUCCUUGCGACACCAGUGAUUUGAAUAUCCUCAAGGAUAACAACGAUUUUCACGCAAAAUGUGCCGACUUUGACAAAAGGUUAGCAGCGAUUUUCUCCCAGGCCUUCGAUGAUUGCUACAACCUCGAAAGCAUCUUCAAAUUUCUCGCAAUCAUCGGGAAUUUGCUCGAAAGGUCCGUUAUCAGAGACGAAAUAACUCCAAAAUACCCAAGAAUUAUUGACAUAUUCAACGAGGAACUUGAUACGGUGAAAAUCAUUUUUGACGAAGGCAAAAAGAAUGGUAUUCCCAUCGAUAAAAAUUUCCCCCCGGUCGCUGGAACCCUUAUGUGGAUAUCUAAAUUGAGGCAAAGGAUUGAAAAACCAGGCGAUGAUUUGAAAUUAUUAGAAGAUGAUAUUAUCAAGUCCGAGGAGGCUCAUCAUUCGUUUGAAAAAUACGACCACAUGAUGCGAAUUUUGGACGAUGAGGGCAAGGAAGUGUUUGGAAAUUGGUGCAAGUCAAUUCCGCAACAAAUCGAGACUAGUAUGGCCAAGUUCGAACUUAUACGUAAACCUGAGAACUUGAUUCAUUUGAAUUUUGAUCCGGAAUUGGUAGCGGCCUUGCGGGAAAUUCGGUACAUGAAGUUCUUAGAAAUUCCGGAUGUGCCUCAAGAGGCGUUAGAUCUGUUCGAAAAGGUUGAACUUUUGUUCGAAUGUCAACAGAAAUUUAACAGAGUUGUGAAUUGGUAUAACCAUCUCAAGAAGAACACGCUUAAGGUGGAAUACAACUUAAUUGAGCCGGAAAUGAAACAAAUAGAUGAGUUGCUCCAAUCAGUGCUUGAUGCUAUUACGUGGAGCACUCAUGAUGAGGCAACUCUUAGUGCCAUUUAUGAAAAAGUUAAAGAUCUGUCGGAUCGUGUUGUGCAAUGUCAGAAGAAUAUGACUGCUAUCGAAGCCACGCUGGAUGCCUGGGUUGAGGCUCCACUGUUUGAAAGGAGAGAAGGCAAAAAAGAGAAUCUGCUAUAUCUCGAAGACCGGUCUGAACGUACUACUAAAAGAUUUGCUCAAAUUGAGAAUAGCCACGAAGAAAUAAAAAAACUCCUAGAAGUUAACUAUCGAUUGUUCUUUAAUAUUCCUGAGCCGGUUGAAGAACCGGUUGAUGAGUCGUCGCCUGAAGAAGAAGUUGCUGAGCCACCACCCACCCCAAAAAAAGGUAAAAAAGGGAAAAAGCCAGUCGAAACACCCAAAGAAAAGGAGAAAGAGAAAGAAAAAGAAAAAGGGAAGAAGGAGAAAGGUAAGAAAGGUGGAAAAGGCAAAAAGAAGAAGCAAAAAGCCCUUGAAGACGCUGAAGCUGAGAUGCAGGAAGAACCUGCAGAUCCUUACGAGAAUUAUCGUAAAGAACACUGGAGCAAAUAUUUGGAAUAUGUUGAUCAACUAGUCAAAAACAAACUUGUAGCUGCAGUCCAUAAUAGUUUGGUUUACUUGCUGAAUGAGUCUGGCGAUUUAGCUCCUAUUACACCUUUGUUUGAACUGUCUUUAGAACUUCAUGAUCCUGACAUUGUGUUUCAACCUUCGAUUAAUCUAACAGAUGAUAAUAAUUUCGUUGAAGAAAUAACCGAAUGCGUGGAAGAUAUUUUCAAAAUGGGUGAAGUUAUGAAACGGGUGAAUCCGGAAAGUGAAGACCAGCAUUACUUUUACGAAGUCAAAUCAGAUAAAAAUUUGGCCAAAAUGACUGAAGAGCUUCUGAGCAGAAUUAUGUUGAUGAGAGAAGAUGCGUUUGAAUAUCUUAAAGCAUUUGACGAAUUUACGCAUAUUUGGACCGACGAUAGGCACGAGUAUUUGCGCCAGUUCCUGCUUUUUGGCCGGUUGUUGAGUCCCGAGGAGCACGACAGAAUCGCGGAACUAAAAGAGACCCCACCGUCUGUGCAACAGUUUAAGGAGCAAAUUGAUUUUUACGACGAUAUGUACAAAAAGGUCGAAGCUAUGAGCAAUGAAAAGAUUCUUGAAGGUGACUGGAUGAAAAUUGAUGUCCGGCCCUUGAAACAAGCUAUCCUUAACACGAUUUGCAAAUGGGGCAAUCUUUUCAAGCAGCAUCUUUACGAUCACGUUAUUACUAGCCUCAAUGAUCUCGACAGUUUCAUUGUGGAGGCAAUUCAAGCCAUGCAAGUCACAUUAGAGGAGGACGACUACGACGGCUUAUUAAAAGUGAUGGGAUAUUUGUUUAAAGUGAAGGAAAGACAGUUGGAAACCGAUAAUAUGUUCCAGCCAUUGAAGGAAAUCAUGGAUCUGCUGUUCGAAUAUGGGAUGGAAUUUCCGGAAGACGUGCACGUCCAAUUACAGGAGAUUCCAGACAGGUGGCAACAAUGCAAGAAAGUUGCCGCAACUACUAAACAAAACGUUGCACCACUUCAAGCCCUUCAAGUGAAUGCGAUCAAAAGACGAAUUAAUUUGUUCGAAAUCCGACAAGCGAUGUAUAGAGACAUGUUUAAGAAACUUCCCUUCUUUAACUGGAGCUGUAAAGAUGUGUACUCUUUGUUAGAUAAAACUAAUUUCGAACUGACUGAACUUGAGACAGAAAUGGCGAAAUUGCAAGAGCAAGCCAAUUUAUUCGAACUAACGCUGCCUGAGUUUAAACCAAUGAAUCAGGCGAGGAAGGAAAUUAGGCAAAUUAAACAGUUGUGGGACUACGUCCAUAUUUUCCGGUCGUGUAUCGACGAAUGGAAGAAAACCCCCUGGAAAAAAAUUGACGUUGAGGCGAUGGAAAUGGAAUGUAAAAAAUUCGGCAAGGAGGUGCGAGCCAUGGAUAAGGAAUUAAGGGGUUGGGAUGUUUACAUCCAGCUGGAAGCGGUAAUAAAGAAUAUGUUAACGUCGUUACGAGCCGUCACCGAAUUGCAAAAUCCGGCGAUUAGGGAGAGGCACUGGAAGCAGUUGAUGCAAGCUACGAAGGCGGAAGAACGACUGCCACCACAUUAUACAGUGAAAUUUGUAAUGGACGAUUCGACCACACUCAGCGAAUUGCUCGCCUUGAAUUUGCACGAGUAUGAAGAUGAAGUUAAGAACAUUGUUGAUAAAUCAGUCAAAGAAAUGGCGAUGGAGAAAGUCCUAAAAGAAUUAAACGCAACCUGGACUAACAUGAUGUUUGCGACCGAAGUCCACGAACGCACAAAUUUGAGACUUUUGGUGGCUUCCGAAGAGUUAAUUGAGACUCUUGAAGAGAACCAAGUUGCUCUCCAAAACAUGAUGACGUCCAAAUUUAUCGAUUUCUUCCUUGAAGAGGUUUCCGACUGGCAGAAAAAAUUAUCGAAUGCUGAUCAAGUCAUACAAGUGUUUUUCGAAGUGCAGCGCAAGUGGUGCUACUUGGAAAGUAUUUUCAUAGGGUCUGAAGACAUCAGAAGCCAAUUACCUGAAGAUUCAAGACGGUUUGAGAAAAUCGAUAGGGAUUUUAAAGAGGUUUUGUCCGAAAUGCUGAAGGAUUUAAAUGUGGUGAGGUCCACCAACAAGCCCGGACUUUACGACAAGCUUGACGGUAUUUUGGGGCAAUUAAUUUUGUGCGAAAAAGCCCUCAACGACUAUUUGGAAACGAAAAGAUUGGCAUUUCCUCGCUUCUACUUCGUAUCGUCUGCCGAUUUAUUAGAUAUUUUGUCUAACGGAAAUCAACCAGAUCUCAUUCAGAGACAUUUGACCAAACUAUUUGAUUCUCUGGCUAAACUGAAAUUUGAAAAAGAAGGUGGGAAAAAUUCAAAGAGAGCCUAUGGAAUGAUUUCCAAAGAAAAUGAAGAACAUGUGCAAUUCAGCCAAAUUUGUGACUGCACUGGCAAAGUGGAAGUUUGGUUAAAUCGUGUUAUUGAUGUAAUGAGAAAAACCCUUCAAAGUUGUUUCGCUGAGGCUAUAUCAACCUACGAUGAAAAACCUAGAGAGGUUUGGAUUUACGACUAUCCAGCACAACCGGCACUUUGCGGCACGCAAAUUUGGUGGACAACUGAGGUAAACAUUGCUUUCGCAAGACUGGAAGAAGGUUACGAAAACGCCCUAAAAGACUAUCAAAGAAAACAAAUCAAUCAGUUAAAUGCCCUUAUUAAUCUCUUGUUGGGUGAUUUGACUGCAGGCGAGCGCCAAAAGAUCAUGACCAUUUGUACCAUCGACGUGCACUCGAGAGACGUAGUCGCGAAAAUGAUUGCAAUCAAAGUGGAGAAUUCACAAGCCUUUCAGUGGCAAAGUCAGUUGCGACAUCGCUGGGACGAUAAAAUCAAAGACUGUUUUGGUAAUAUCUGUGACGCCCAGUUCAGAUACCAAUACGAAUAUUUGGGCAACACCCCCCGACUGGUGAUAACACCCUUAACUGAUCGUUGCUACAUAACUCUGACUCAAAGCUUGCAUUUAAUUAUGGGGGGAGCACCUGCCGGGCCUGCAGGAACCGGGAAAACUGAGACAACCAAAGAUUUGGGGAAAGCUUUAGGGAUGAUGGUUUACGUGUUCAACUGUUCGGAACAAAUGGACUAUAAGUCUAUUGGGAACAUUUACAAAGGGUUAUCACAGACGGGUUGUUGGGGUUGUUUUGACGAAUUUAACCGAAUUUCCAUUGAGGUACUGUCUGUGGUAGCCGUCCAGGUGAAAGUCAUCCAGGACGCUAUCAAGGACAAGAAAGCUAAGUUUAAUUUCUUGGGGCAAGAUAUUGUCUUAGUCCCCACGGUCGGCCUUUUCAUUACCAUGAACCCGGGCUACGCCGGCCGUACUGAACUCCCGGAAAAUCUAAAAGCCCUAUUCAGGCCAUGCGCUAUGGUUGUGCCUGACUUCGCCCUAAUUUGCGAAAUCAUGUUGGUCGCCGAAGGUUUCCAAGAGGCUCGUCUUCUGGCGCGCAAAUUCAUCACUCUCUACACGUUGUGUCGCGAAUUAUUGAGCAAACAAGACCAUUACGAUUGGGGUUUGAGGGCUAUUAAGUCUGUUUUGGUCGUUGCAGGGUCGUUGAAACGUGGCGAUAGACAACGGCCGGAAGACCAAGUCUUAAUGCGCGCUUUGCGUGAUUUCAACAUCCCUAAAAUCGUUACAGACGAUGUCCCGGUUUUUAUGGGACUGAUAGGUGAUUUGUUUCCGGCCUUGGACGUGCCGAGAAAGCGUGACCCGGACUUUGAAAAAACGAUAAAAAAAUCUGCGGUUGAUUUGAAAUUGCAACCUGAGGACGGUUUCGUCUUGAAAGUGGUGCAAUUGGAGGAGCUUUUCGCUGUGCGACAUUCAGUAUUCGUGAUUGGUAACACGGGAACUGGUAAAACUAUGGUUUGGAAGACUUUGAACAAGACUUAUCAGAACCAGAAAAGAAAGCCGAUUUAUAACGAUAUUAAUCCCAAAGCUGUGACUAAUGAUGAAUUGUUUGGGGUGAUAAACCCGGCCACUAGAGAGUGGAAAGAUGGUUUGUUUUCUGUAAUCAUGAGAGAUCAGGCUAAUUUAACCGGCGAUGGGCCUAAAUGGAUUGUUCUUGAUGGUGACAUUGAUCCCAUGUGGAUUGAAUCAUUAAACACACUUAUGGAUGAUAAUAAAGUGCUAACUUUGGCCAGCAAUGAACGAAUUGCUUUAACUUCAGCUAUGCGAUUAUUAUUUGAAAUUGCCUCUUUACGUACUGCAACCCCAGCCACUGUUUCAAGAGCCGGUAUUUUAUACAUAAACCCGGCCGAUCUGGGUUGGAACCCUUACGUAGCUUCCUGGAUUGAUACCAGAACCCAACAAAAUGAAAAAGCCAAUCUUAUGAUACUCUUUGACAAGUAUGUUCCUCCUUGUUUGGAAAUACUUCGUCACAAAUUGAAAAAAAUAACACCAAUCUCUGAAGUAGCGCAUAUUUCGAUGCUUUGCUUCCUCUUGGACUGUUUCCUAACACCCCAGAAUGUCCCUCCUGAUUGUCCCAAAGAGUGGUACGAGAUUUACUUCGUAUUUUGCACAGUCUGGGCGUUUGGUUCGGCUUUGUUCCAAGACCAAAUUGUCGACUGGCGCAAUGAAUUUAGCAAAUGGUUUGUGAAUGAAUUCAAAACUAUCAAAUUUCCCGUCACUGGAGGCAACGUCUUCAGUUAUUACGUUGAAGAGGAAACUAAAAGGUUUGCUCCAUGGACGGAACUAGUACCCGAAUUUGAGCUUGAUCCCGAUAUUCCCUUGCAAGCCACUUUGGUCAAUACGGCCGAAACUACCAGGAUUCGGUUUUUCAUGGAUCAUUUAAUGGAAAAACGAAUUCCUGUCAUGUUGGUAGGGCCGGCAGGAAGUGGCAAAAGUGUGAUUGUUGCGGAAAAACUCACCAGCUUAUCCGAACAUUACGCCGUUACAAAUGUCCCUUUCAAUUUUUACACUACCUCUGAAAUGUUGCAAAGAAUUUUGGAAAAACCCUUAGAAAAGAAAGCUGGGCGUGUGUUUGGCCCUCCGGGUAAUAAGACUAUGAUUUAUUUCGUGGACGAUAUGAACAUGCCCGAAGUUGACAAGUAUUUUACUGUACAACCUCACACGUUAAUUCGCCAGUAUAUGGACUACCAGCAUUGGUAUGACCGUCAGAAACUGACUUUAAAGGACAUUCACAAUGUUCAGUUUGUCUCCUGCAUGAACCCAACCGCCGGCUCUUUCACCAUAAACCCACGGUUGCAGAGACACUUUUGCGUCUUUGCCGUGAGUUUUCCGAGCCAAGAGGCGUCGAACCAUAUCUAUUACAGUAUUAUAUCGCAACAUUUUGAGUCGGAACAUAACAGGUUUGGCAAAAAUAUUUUCAAACUGAGUGCUUCUCUAGUGGAUGCGGCGGUUUUUCUGCACCAGAAAGUAGCGGCUAGUUUUCUGCCAACCGCUGUCAAGUUUCAUUACACAUUUACUUUGCGAGACCUUUCGAAUAUUUUUCAAGGAAUGCUUUUCACGACCGGAGACGCUAUUAAAACUCAGACCGAUUUGAUCCGGCUUUGGAUGCACGAAUGUGGCCGCGUUUACGGUGACAAACUGGUCGAAAAACGCGAUUUGGACACUUACAAAAAGCUGGUAAUUGAGUCAGUGAAGAAAAGUUUCGAGGAGUUGGACGAAAAUGAGGUGUUUGAGGAACCUUUGAUUUAUUGUCAUUUUGCUGAGGGCAUGGGGGAUCCGAAAUACUUCCCCAUUCAUGAAUUUGACCAUUUGAGUAAACUCUUGCACGAAGCUUUGGCCGGUUAUAAUGAUCUAGUGGCGGCGAUGAAUUUGGUUUUGUUUGAAGAUGCAAUGUAUCACAUUUGCCGCAUUAACAGAAUUAUGGAAGCUCCAAGAGGUAACGCGCUGCUCAUUGGAGUUGGAGGUUCAGGAAAGCAGUCUUUGACGAGACUUGCUUCCUUCAUCUCCUCGUUUGAAGUGUUUCAAGUCCAGUUGAAGAAAGGUUACUCUAUGACUGACCUAAAGGCCGAUUUGGCCCAAUUAUAUCUAAAAGCGGGUUUGAAGAGCGUUGGAAUUGUGUUUCUGAUGACUGAUGCCCAAGUCCCUCAAGAGAUUUUCCUGGUUGCGAUUAACGAUAUGUUGGCAUCGGGCGAAAUCAGUGAGUUACUGCCCGACGAAGACGUUGAAAAUGUUAUCAAUGCAGUUAGAGGUGAGGUGAAGCAAAGUGGGUUACAAGACACACGGGAGAAUUGUUGGAAAUUUUUCAUUGAUCGUGUCCGGAGAUUAUUAAAAACGGUGUUGUGUUUCUCACCAGUUGGUUCGACUCUACGAGUGCGAGCGAGAAAAUUUCCGGCUCUUGUUAACUGUACUUCUAUCGACUGGUUCCAUGAAUGGCCGAGGGAAGCCCUGGAAUCAGUAUCAAAGAGAUUUUUGGCGGAAAUUGAAGUUCUCCCCAAAGAUUUAGUUCCUUCAGUUUCCAACUUCAUGUCAGAUGUUCACGGAGUGGUGAACACCAUGUCCGAGUUGUAUCUACAAAAUGAGAAACGCUACAACUACACCACUCCUAAAUCUUUCCUAGAACAGAUCGCCUUGUAUUCUAAACUUCUUUACGAAAAGACUAAAAAUUUGGAGGACAAUAUCGAACGCCUCGAGUCUGGUUUACUCAAACUGGCAUCAACUUCGGAAGAAGUGGACGGUUUGAAAGAAGUGUUGGCAGUCCAAGAGGUAGAAUUGAAUGAAAAGAAUGAAGCCGCCGGUAAACUCAUUGCCGUCCUAAGUGCCGAAAACGAAAAAGUUGCAAAAGAACAGGCAAUCGCUAGCGAGGAAGAAGCCAAAGUUAAACUAAUCGAGGAGGAUGUUAGUGUCAAACAAAAAAUCUGUGCCGAUGAUUUGGCCAAAGCCGAGCCAGCGCUAAUCGCAGCCCAACAAGCUUUAAACACCCUGAAUAAAAACAACUUAACUGAACUGAAAUCCUUCACGCAACCGCCUGAAGCGGUAGUCGCUGUAACAGCCGCUGUUUUAAUCCUGUUUUCGCCAAAAGGACGAAUUCCGAAAGAUCGUAGCUGGAAAGCUUGUAAGGGGUUGAUGACAAAAGUCGAUAAAUUUUUAGAAGAUUUAAUAAACUAUGAUAAGGAAAACAUGCAACCGGAAGUAGUGAAAGCAACUCUGGAAUAUACGAAAAAUCCCGAGUUCAAUCCAGAAAAAAUUUUGAGCAAGUCGGUGGCAGCUGCUGGAUUGUGUGCGUGGGUCAUUAAUAUUUUGAAAUUUUACGACGUGUUUGUCGUGGUCGAACCCAAGAGGAAAGCUUUGCAAAAAGCCAAUCAGGAACUGGCAGAUGCGAGAGCUAAACUGGCCGAGCUUAACGAGAAAUUGAAUUAUCUCGAGUCACAAUUGGCGAUUUUGAAGGCCGAUUUUGAGGAAGCUACAGCCGCGAAGAUGAAAUGUCAGGCCGAAGCUGAUGCUACGACUCAAAUGAUCGAUUUAGCUAAUCGACUUGUUAAUGGUUUGGCGUCGGAAAAUAUCAGGUGGCGAGAGUUGGUCAAGUUGUACCGGAAAAUGAUAAUUACACUGCCAGGGGAUGUGUUGAUGAUAACUUGCUUUAUUUCGUACGUUGGAUGCUUCACGAGACGGUACAGAACCGAGAUGGUUGAACAUCACUGGAUACCCUCGCUGAAAAAAAUCGAGCCGAAAAUUCCGAUGAGUGAAGGGCUGGAUCCCUUAUCCCUGCUCACAGACGAUGCAAUGGUCGCAGGAUGGAAUAAUGAGGGGCUUCCUAAUGAUCGUAUGUCAACCGAGAAUGCUUGUAUUUUAACAAAUUCGGCAAGAUGGCCCCUGAUGAUUGAUCCCCAAUUGCAAGGAGUUAAGUGGAUCAAAACUAAAUACGGCGAUAGCUUGACAGUUAUUCGACUGAGCAUGAAAAAUUACUUGGACACUAUUGAAAGAUGUAUCCAAAAUGGUGAAAUUAUCCUUGUUGAAAACAUAGGCGAGACCGUGGACGCGGUCUUAGACCCUGUUCUGGGUCGAGUCUUAGUCAAAAAAGGCAAGGCGAUAAAAAUCGGUGAUAAGGAAGUGGAUUACAACCCCAACUUUAGGAUGAUCAUGCACACGAAACUGGCAAAUCCGCAUUACAAACCGGAAAUUCAAGCACAAACUACCCUCAUCAACUUCACAGUAACGCGAGAUGGUUUAGAGGAGCAGCUUUUGGCAGAAGUCGUCAAAGCUGAACGCCCAGACUUGGAAAGUUUGAAAGCGAAUUUAACGAAACAACAAAACGAUUUCAAAAUUAUUUUGAAAAGAUGUGAGGAUAAUUUAUUGUUUAGACUUUCCUCGGCCACGGGUAACAUACUGGGCGAUGUGGAACUAGUCGAGAAUUUGGAAACAACCAAGAAAAUGUCCACGGAAAUUGAAGAGAAAGUCAAAGAAGCUAAAAUAACUUCAGUCAAAAUCGACGAAGCGCGUGAACAGUACCGACCAUGUUCGGCUAGAGCUUCGCUCCUUUAUUUCAUUUUGAACGAUCUUUGCCGCAUCAACGCAAUCUAUCAAUUCUCAUUGAAGGCCUUCAGUGUGGUGUUUAAGGACGCGUUAUCUAAAGCAGUACCGGCCGAAAAGUUAAAAGAUCGGGUAGUUAACUUAUUGGACAGUAUAACUUUUUCGGUAUUUAUGUACACAACUCGAGGUCUGUUCGAAUGUGACAAGUUGAUUUUCAUGGCCCAAAUGGCAUUUCAAAUUUUGCUGCAUGCUAAAGAAAUCGAUCACGCUGAACUUGACUUUCUGUUACGGUACCCUGUAGUACCGAACUUGACAACCCCUGUGGACUUCCUCACAAAUCAGUCCUGGGGCGGCAUUAAAGCCCUGUCAGAGUUUGACGAUUUCAGAGGUUUAGACAAAGACUUGGAAGGCUCGGCGAAACGUUGGCGAAAAUUCGUCGAUAGUGAAUGCCCCGAAAAAGAAAAGUUCCCCGGCGAGUGGAAAAACAAAACCGCUUUGCAACACUUGUGCAUGAUGCGUGCCCUCCGCCCCGACCGUAUGACCUACGCUGUUCGUUGUUUCAUUGAAGAGAAACUCGGAGCCAAAUACAUAACAGCCAGAUCCGUCGAAUUUGCAAAAUCUUACGAAGAAACAAGCUCUUCAACCCCCGUGUUCUUUAUUCUAUCGCCAGGCGUAAAUCCGCUCAAGGAUGUAGAAAAGCUGGGCAAAAAGCUGGGUUUCACCUUUGAUUCUGGUAACUUCCACAGUAUUUCCUUGGGCCAAGGCCAGGAAAUCGUGGCUGAAAACGCAAUGGAUUUGGCGUCGGAGCGGGGCGAUUGGGUCAUUUUGCAAAACAUUCAUUUAGUCGAGCGGUGGUUGUCCACUUUGGAGAAAAAAAUGGAACAAUGCGCCGAAAGCGCCCAUCAAAAGUUUAGGUUGUAUUUGAGCGCUGAGCCUAACGCUGAUCCCCAAGUGUCCGUAAUCCCGCAAGGGAUUCUAGAAUCGUCGAUCAAAAUCACAAACGAGCCGCCGACUGGCAUGUAUGCCAAUUUACACAAAGCUUUGGACAAUUUCAGCCAGGAAACGUUAGACAUGUGCACGAAAGAAGCGGAGUUUAAGCUGAUUUUGUUCGCUUUGUGCUAUUUCCAUGCCGUGGUUGCCGAAAGACGGAAAUUUGGGCCACAAGGGUGGAACAGGAAUUACCCCUUUAAUGUUGGCGAUCUCACAAUUAGCGUAAACGUGUUGUACAAUUAUCUGGAAAGUAACAGUAAGGUCCCCUACGAAGAUUUGCGCUAUCUGUUUGGGGAAAUAAUGUACGGGGGGCAUAUUACGGACGAUUGGGAUCGACGGUUGUGCCGAAAUUAUCUAAUGGAGUAUCUCCAGCCCGAAUUGCUGGAAGGAGACUUGCAGUUUGCGCCGGGAUUUUUUGCCCCACCUAAUACAGACUAUGUUGGGUAUCAUCGCUAUAUUGACGACCGUUUGCCGCCUGAAAGCCCCUACCUUUACGGCCUACACCCAAACGCGGAAAUUGGCUUCUUGGCCUACACUUCUGAAGUUAUGUUUAGAACAAUUUUCGAAAUGCAACCGCGAGAUGCGGGAGCUUCGGUAGGCCAUGGAUUUUCUCGAGAGGAUAAGGUUAAAUCAACCCUUGAAGAUAUCCAAGACCGGCUCCCCGAGGAGUUUCCGGUCGCCGAAAUGAUGGCAAAAGUCGAAGACAGGACCCCGUACAUAAUUGUGGCGUUCCAGGAGUGUGACAGAAUGAACAGUUUAACACGGGAGAUGAAGAGAUCGCUUCGGGAGCUCGACUUGGGAUUAAAGGGUGAACUUACGAUUACGUCGGACAUGGAGGUGUUGGAAGAGGCCCUAUUUAUGGACCAAGUCCCUGACUCGUGGUCCGUAAAGGCCUACCCCAGCAUGCUGCCUUUGGGUCAGUGGGUGGCCGACUUGGGGGCUAGAAUUAAGGAGCUGGAGGGGUGGGUUACCGAUUUCUCGAUGCCUCCCACCGUCUGGCUGGGGGGUUUCUUCAACCCCCAGUCGUUCCUCACUGCCAUUAUGCAACAAACGGCUCGCAAAAACGAAUGGCCUUUGGACAAAAUGUGUCUGUUGACCGACGUCACCAAAAAGCAGAAAGAGGAGUUCGGGGCGGCUCCUCGGGAAGGCGCAUAUGUGCACGGUUUAUUUAUGGAGGGCGCAAGGUGGGAUACGCAGCUCGGAAGUAUUGCCGAUGCUAAGCUUAAAGAAUUGUUCCCUGUAAUGCCGGUUAUAUUCAUCAAGGCAAUCACGCAGGAUAAGCAGGAUUUACGGAAUAUGUACGACUGUCCUGUUUACAAAACAAGGACUCGGGGACCGACUUUCGUCUGGACUUUUAAUUUAAAAACGAAGGAGAAGGCGUCCAAGUGGACCCUUGCAGGAGUAGCGAUUCUGUUACAGAUUUAAUUAUUUAUUUUAUUGUAGCUGUUAAUAAAAUUUUAUUUUAA